AUGGCACCAGAUUCCAAAGUGCGCAAGCGUCAGAACUGCGAGGGGAAGACAGACGCUGUUGACGAAUCCAAUACGGAUCACUCUUUCAAGAUUGGCCGCUUUCGUAUUAACUUGGGCCGUCUUCCUGAGUUGCUGCUAUUCUUUGCACUUGCUGGUGCAGUGGCAUACAUUGGAAUGUGUUCGUAUGACAUGUCCAGACAAAUGGCAGUCAUCACUGGACUUGGAGUCGCUGUUCAGCUGCAGCGACUGGUGAAUUGGAUCCGAGACUGGGUUGCAUACAAGACCUGA